AUGAGUUUGAGUCGAAAGAGCAGACAAUUAGUGCAUUCCUCUCAAAAGCAGUUCAGGAAGUUGAAAUACUAUAACCCAGAUUCAGUGCCGAAGCAGAGGGCAGAAAGUGCCACCAGGCAUGAACUCAAGUCUAAUAAAGAUCGGAUUCUCGCCAGCAGCAAACGAGUCAUAGACACAGAUGUUGAUCAUGACUUUUGAAAUCUCAAAGGCCUCGAGUUCCCUCUUAAUAAUAAGAGAAGGUUUUCAGUCGAUUAUUUGGAAUUAAAUGCUCCUACUGAAAGCACAAAGAUCGAAAGAGAAAAGUUGAAGUACGCCAAGCCACGUGAUAAAUCAUCUAAUGCUUCUGAGAGAAGCGUUUCAUCACGCCACAACUCAGAGAUUUUCAAAAAUUUGUAUUCGAAAUUCCAAAGGAAGUUAAAAUUUAAAGAUCUUUCUCAGAAAUAACAUUGCUUCUUUGCCAAAAUCUAUUGUACCAUCAAAUGAGAUCCCAAUCAUGAGCAAGCCAUUAAAGCUCCCUGCUCCGUCUCUGAACUCUUACGUGGAUGAGGUAUCUGCAAGAACUCUUGAGUUACGUAAGAAGCAGGAGGAGCUUCGACUGAAAAGACUUCGUAUUGACCUUAUGAAGUCUUUGAAGAGUACCAAAAUUGAUGUAGGAGCUCCCCCAACAGUGAAGGCAAAUAUUAGGCAGCUAAUAACCGACUUGAAAGUUCUAAAAUCAAGCUUGUCCGCUCAGCCUGACACUGUUGUCAUGAAAAGAGGGAAUUUGAGUAAAUUUCACGGAAAUGCUCAAGAAAUUGAUGCUCAAAUUGAACUUUUAAAACAAUCUAGGAAAGAGAUGGAAGAAGCCCUAUUCAUAGCCCAUAAAAACUAUAAAGCCGCUAUUGUCGAUGAGAAGCAAAGAGAUUUUGAAAUGAGUGAACUAAAGUACGCUGCAGAGAAGGUAGACGAUAAGCUAAGAGAGACUAUUGAGAAUAAUAUAUCUUCUUAUGCUACAGAAGUCACAAGUCUGAGUGAAGAGCUUCAAAACAUUCGUAAUGACAAAGCUCUGCUACUCCAAGAAAAUAUUGAAGUUGACAAGGAAAUCACUCAGGAACAGAGAAAGCUUAAGCUAGUAAUCCCUCUUGAUGAGCAAAACGGAAUGUAUUUGUUCAUAUUGAACUACCUCGAUCAGAAAUUGAAAGAAGCCAACCAAAAAGUUACUCUUUUCCAAAACGUUAUGGAGCAGACCUUGUCAAUGCCAAUGGAUGAAGACGGGUCAAAAUCCCGCCACAUGAGAAUUAGUGAACUCAAGCAGAUGCUGAGUUUCCAGAAAAACGAAAGGUCAAAAGUAGCCAAAUAAAAUAUCUGAGUUGUAUAACUACAGGAUUGAUCCUGAAGAUGAGAUGAAUCUUGUUCAAAUCCAUGAUGAAAACGAACGACUGAAGGAAGAGUUCUACCAACUCUCUGAUCACAAGACCAAGCGUGCUAAAAUUGCUCAUAUGCUCAGGAAAUGCCUUAAGCUAAAUGAGAUUAUUAUGGAAAAAGAAUGCGACCAAAGAAGGCUAGAGGCAGAGAUCCAGGUUGAACAGCUUUCAGAAGACCCUUCGUUUUAUAUAAAAACUCUUGAAAGACUGGAAAUGAUUAUAAGUAGGCAGGAUUCAUUGAGAGUAUCCAUUUCAGAACUUGGCAACAAGUGCCUAGCUCUUUCAGGAAGGCUUACUGAGCUCGACAACCUUAUUCGCUAUCUACAAGAGAGAUACAGAAAGAUGAGGAUCGACCCUCUUGUUGAGUACAACAUUUCAGAGAAAGUUGAUGAUAAAGUCAAGGUUUACAGAACCAUUGAGAAAAUUACUGAAUUCGAAUUUGAAGAGAGGAAAUCAAUCAUGCAGAGACAAAGAAAGUCUGAUAUAUAUGGAGUUUCUCCAACAAGAGACGAGUUCAUUAUUAGAACUCCUGGAGAGCAGGAUGAGAUCAUCAGAAUAUCUGAUAGCUACCAACUUGACGAAGGACGUAGAACUUUACAACCAGAGAAUUAUUUCCCGAAUAGUGAUUUCACUGAUGAUUUAAGUGAUAUCGGGGAUGAAUCCAGCUCUAUCCAGAAUCAUAAUAGGUUGAUAUCCAAGAAAAAGCCAAGAGCUAGAUAUUAAGUAAAAUCAAUUUUAGUGAUUACUAGA